UAUGUUUUUGUGCUAGGCUGCUGCUAAAGCCAACACACAUACCCCACACAGAAACACACGUAGCCUCAUUUCCCAGGGGUGUCCUCACAAUGUUACAGUCCCACUCGUGUCGGUGUGUCCGUCAGUCACCUCAACAGAAACCAGAAGUUUCAUUUCUACCUGUCUUGGCUGCGGUUCCAGUUUGUUGUCGAUCGUUUAAAGGAAUUAGAUAAGGGAAACUGGAUGGACCAUGUGACGUUAAAACAGGUUUCUCAGAUCCACAGUUGAAAUACUUUUUACUGAGUCUGCUGCAGGUCCGUGACUGACUGCGCGACAUGGAUCUGAGCUGCCAGGACUGGAUGUCGGCUUUACCGGAGGAGCUGUGGGACGUUCCCCUGACAGACCUGGCCAUACCCGGGAGCCAUGAUACCAUGAGUUAUUGUCUGGACAUAACCUCCCCUCUGGUCCGGUCUGAGUCUGACUUUUUCCGCCUCCUGGAUGUACUUUUCCACUGCUUCACAAGGCCUGCCAUCUUUAAAUGGGCCACCACACAGGACAAAAUCAUUGAAGAGCAGCUCUCGAUGGGGAUUCGCUUCUUUGACCUCCGUGUUGCACACAAACCCAACGACUCCUCCAGCAGCCUCUACUUCACACACGUCAUAUACACACAUCUAACAGUUCUGGAAACACUUGCAUCUGUUGCCUCUUGGUUGAAGUGUCAUCCAAAGGAGGUUGUUAUCCUUGCCUGCAGCCAUUUUGAGGGAAUGGAUGACACGUGCCACGAAUCCUUCAUUUUCUGCCUGAAAAAGUUGUUCAGCUCAAAACUUUGCCCCCGAAAGGAAUCCGACUUGAGCUUGCGGAGUCUUUGGGCAUCUGGUUACCAAGUAAUUCUGUCAUACGACUCCCAGCUUACAGCAAGACACCAGGAGCUGUGGCCUGCCAUCCCUUACUGGUGGGCCAACAAGGACACAGCGCAGGGAGUGAUCGGUUACUUGGAGUGGAACAAAGACAUGGGACGUCCAGAGGGUUUCUUCGUGUCUGGCCUGAACCUGACAGCCAGCAGGGGAUACAUCGCCAAGAACCCAAAAGAAUCCCUUCGAACGCUGACCUACAGCAACUGGCAGUGUUUGAGAAAAUGGGUGGAGGAGCAAGUUCCUGGUUCAGACCCCAAGAGUCUCAACAUCAUAGCAGGAGAUUUUGUGGGGCCACUUCCACUUUGCCCUCUGGUGAUUGCACUGAACUACAAACUGCAGCAGAAGAGCUCCUGUUACACGAAAAGGCAACAACGGCCGUGAUUUUAGUCACAUCAAACCUCACUUUCUGGCUUCUCAGCUUUUACAAUGCAAAUGAAACUGUGCCUUCAUUGAAAUUUAUGUUUAUUUUUUCUUUAUGUUGCACAUUCUGUGUGUUUUAUCUCUUUAUCUCUUUUGUGCAGUCAGUAUGUUUACAAGAAAAUAUCUUAUUCUCUUACAAAUAUGUACCAUCAGAUAUAUUCUAUAUACUGUUCAGUAAAUACAGGUUUUUCUUAA